AUGAUCAGCGUGAGCCGGGUCCCUCGGGUGCCGCACAGCCACGAGGCCAAGUUCCGCCACAAGGCGAACCCCGCGGUGGCCUUCCCGCAGAUCAGCGCCGUCGGGCGGUCCGUCGCCGAGGCGCGCUACGACCGGCGCCAGUCCGCGCGCGCGGGCCGCCGGGGCAGCCCGAGCUGGCUCGUGAGCGACGCCGCGCACUGGGGCAACGCCGGCGGGGACCCGCACCGGCGGCCCCACACGCGCGAGGCGACCCUGGCGCCGCCGCACCGGGGCGGCGACGCGGCGGCGCAGCCGCGGCGCGCGCCGCCACCGCGCGAGGCCCCCCGGCCGCUCGUCGCGGGCAUCGCCGUCGUCGAGCGGCCGCUGAGCUCCUACGGCGCGAAGCGCGGGCCGGACCGGGCGCCCCAGCCCCUGGCGCGGUCCCUGCGGGACCGCGAGGCGAGCCGGCUCCGCGGCGCGCAGCACCAGCGGAGCGACUCGUUCAUGGUCCAGGGCUCCGACGCGAUCGCGCCCCCGGCGAAGCGCGACGUCGGCACGGCGCCGCCGGCCGCGCCGCCGCCGCCCGCGAUGUCGCCGCCCCUCGCGAGCCCCGCGCCGCUGCACAGCGCGCCCCAGCCGCGCGUGCCGCGGCGCGCGACGGACACGGCCGAGGAGCGGCGCGCGGCGCGCGCGCGCCACGACGCGCCGGGCGCGGCGCACCUGCGGCCGACGAAAUCCUCAUCCCGCCACACCAUCGCGCCCCUCCAGCGGUCGAGCUCGCGCGUCUCCGACCGGUCCCGGAGCCCGCCGCCGAACUUCGACGACGCGGACUCGCGUCGCGGCGGACAGCCCCUGGACAACGACGCGGGCUCCGACUCCGACGAGCCCGACGACCCCUGCGAGUCGCCCUUCUACGGCGGCCUCGGGGGGCUCAGCCCCUGGUAG